AAUGAUUCAAAUCCUGGCGGAAGUAUCUAUGAUUUCUGGGCUGGUAUUUUUGCAGACGAUAAAGCAGACUUGAAAAGGAAGAUAACUGACGCAAAAGUUCGUGAAAUACAGGCAGAUAAACAUUUGCUAAUGAAUGAAAGGUCUCUUAAUGUCUUGAAAGAAACGAUAGUGGAGCAUAAUGAAACAUCAAUAACAUUGGCUGACUUUGCUCGUGCGGAACAAGAUGUCAGAAAAAGAAGAAAGCAUUAUCACCAGACGGACGGAUUUACUACUCCUUCCCCGGGUAGUCCAAUAAAACAUUCAUCCAUUGAGGAGGAGAAAGAGGAUAGUCAAAAAAAACAUUCAUCCAUUGAGGAGGAGGGUAGCCCAAUAAAACAUAUAUCGGAAGAGGAAAGUCCAUUCAUUGAGGAGGAAGAGAAUGAAAUUAUAAUUGAUGAUGUUCCAUACGAAUUUUCUUUCGAAAAUGGAGGAGAUUCUGCAGAUGAUUUACACGUGGGAACGACUAAUGUAUCUAUAAUCUUUCGAAAUUACCAAAAUCAGUCGCUAAAUAUUGCGAGGGACAAGGGAUUAUUCGUAGAAUCAAAUAUACAGGAAAUUUUAUCUCUAUCAUCAAUUUUAUUGCUUGCCCCGAAUUCCUAUUCCAGAACAAUGAUCGAUCACUUCGGAUUGUCCUUGCUCGAUGAAAUUCAUCAAAAACUUACACCGGAUCAACAAAAAUUAUUAGAUCCAGAUUCUGAAGCAACAUUCAGAAAAUCAAUUAAAAUGGCAAUAAGUGGAUCGCGGGAUGAUUCUACUAAUUGGUUAUGUGGGAAACUUUCUAGUGAACAACCUUUGAGAGAGAAUUUAGGUUUUAUUGUUCUGGAUUGCUUAAGAACGUUACCAACUUCAAAAAUUAGAAACGAACACAGUGAGAUCACACACUAUACUAAUUUCCUUGAUCGCAUAAUGAAAGGACUCUUUAAUAAUCCCGAUAAAAACAUAGUACAAUGGCCUAAUACGGCCUUAAAUGAAAGCAAAACUAGAAAAUUUGAAGGUCGCACUAAACAGCCCGACUUCACAGUUUCCAUUAUUUGUCAGUUACAGACCAGUGCGACCUUAUUUGUGGGUGAAGUUAGCCCUCCAUCAAAAAAGGGGGAUGUAUAUAAAAACUGUAACGAUCUCAUUCGCCUUGGUGUGUUUAUGAAAGAUAUCCUAGAUUCAUCUGUUGAUAAAGGCGCCGAUAUAAAAGUUCUGGGAUUCCAGUGUAUUGAUUAUAAAGUUGACUAUUACAUAAUGGAUCUUGUUAAAGGAAUUUAUAUUAUGCUUCAUGUCGGUCAGGUUUCUAUUCCAGCAUCCUUAAAGGAUAUGUCGUCUUUUGUGGAUGAUAUAGAAUUAUCUUUAAGAAUACAAGAUAUUUUUCGCGAAUCUUAUGAAAAUUUCUAUCCCAAGCUUUGUAAUCCAGGAUCAUUGACGGAAAAGGCAACAUUCAAAAAAAACACACUUUGUACACCUAAGUUCCGAGAUUUA